CUGGUGCUCCCAGCAGGCCUGCAAAGAUCUCUGCGCCGUAACUUUCUCCUGCUGUCCGCGUUCGAAAUUCUUGUGGAAAUUAUUUCCCAAACAGCAGCACGGUUUUUCAGUCUUCAGCCGCUUCAGCUCGGGCGUACGUCAGCUGAACCUGACAGCAGCAGGCGCAAUUCGUCGCGCUGAAACCGAAAAAAAAACAUUUAAACCCGAUCGGUUCGAAAAUUCGUGCUUUGUGCUGUUUAUCCCAAAGACAUGGAAGUUAUAAAAUAAUUACUGUUCGUUUAUUAAGUUGUGUAACUGGAUUUUGAAUUAUUUUGGAAAUAAACUGCAGGAAAUAUCAACAAAUGUUAUCCAACCAGCAGACGUGAACAACACCGCCCAGCCCCACUUCCUCCCGGACCGCGGGGGCCGUGCCGGCCAUGCUCUUCCAGACGGCGAUUUCGGGCGAGGCGCGGCGGGCCACGGUGACGGCGACGUCGGCCGAUCGAAACGACGCCGCAGAUGGCUCGGCCGCCGCCGCCGACGCCCGCCGCCAGCAGGAGUGCAGCCGGGCGCUGCACUUGCUGGACAGCGCGCCCGCCCCCGGCUGGACCGUGCACGUCACCAAAGACGGCCGACUGUUCUAUUGCAAGGUUCGGACAUAUCCAGUUUCUGAAGAAAGAGCUGAAAAUCACGUCACACGGACAGCAGGAUGGCUGCCACCGGCCGAGGCAUGGAAGAGCGGAGAUGAGGCGCUGCCCUACGGCUGGGAGAGAGCAGUGGACGAGUCUGGACGAUCUUAUUAUAUUAAUCAUGUUAAUAAGACCACGACGUACGAAACUCCAGCUGUCAAAAAUCUGGAUCCUCUUCCUAUACCGGAACCGAGGACCGUUGUUUUGGAGCGAUCUCAAAACUUAGGAUUUGGUUUCGUAGCUGGAUCGGAGAAACCCGUCAUAGUUCGAUUUGUAACUGAAGGCGGACCCAGUGUAGAUAAGCUGCUACCCGGCGACCAAAUCCUCUCCGUCAACGGCGAAGACGUGAAAACGGCGCCCAGGGAGCACGUCAUUUCGCUGGUCCGGUCCUGCACGGACACGGUCACGUUGGAGGUGUGUCAGCCGCCCGAGCAGCAGGGAGUGCGAAAGUCCACCCUGCUCUCCGCCACGAAGAGGGCCCGAUUGAGGACCAAGCCGUCGAGGGUGCGGUUCGCGGAGAGCGUUUGUGUCAACGGAGCUCCGUUAUUUCCGCCAUCGGCUUUCUCCUUGGGCGACCUGUGCGUCCCGCCCAUGGCCAACGUCCUCAAAGUGUUCCUGGAAAACGGCCAGACCAAGAGCUUUAAGUACGACGCGUGGACCACCGUCCAGGACGUGGUCAAUUCGCUCCAGUCGAAGCUGUGCAUCCAAGCCAGCGAGCACUUCAGCUUGGUGGUCGAGCACAUUAAAAGCCUGCGGAGGAACAAGCUGACGCUCCUCGAUCCGCAGGAUUUAUUGGCGAGGAUAGCUUCGCGUCCCGGAGCCCACAAACUGCGGUGCCUUUUCCGGGUGGCGUUCGUGCCUCCGUCCGCCGCCGCCCUCGCCCAAAAAGACCUGAAUGCCCUGGACUACCUGUACACGCAGUGCUGCAACGACGUCAUCCAGGAGCGGUUCUCUCCCGAGCUGCAGUACGACACCGCGCUGCGAUUGGCAGCGCUGCACAUCUACCAGCACGCACUAGUAAACAAUUUGCAAGCGAACAAACUGACUGUUAAGGUCGUAGAGCGAGAGUUCGGCUUAGAACGAUUCGUCCCUCCGUCGAUUUUAGAAAACAUGAAGCGCAAAGAAGUGAAGAAACUGGUAGGCCAUUUCCUGAAAUUGCACGCCAGCAUGGCCGGCCCUGGAAAGCAACUUACCGCUCUUCAAGCCAAGUUGCAUUACUUGGACAUCGUCAGCCAGUUGCCCAGCUACGGAGCCAAGUGUUUCUCGGCUGGACCACGAGGGGAUACAAUGGAAAGAGUGAUAUUGGUCAGUCCCAAGUUUGGAAUUAGUCAGAUUACUGGAACAAGAAAUUCUGUUUUUCAGCCAGUCCCGAUAGCAAAUAUCGAAGACAUGCGACGAAUCGAAGUAAAAACAGAUGACGAAAUAUCCCGCACCGUACUGGUCACGCUCCAGGACAACAAGCUCCUCUCCAUUUCUCUUGAAGACAGAGACGCCAUCGAGCUUGUUCUGGUACUUCGCGGCUACUAUAAACUCAACACCGGCCAAACUCUACCCGUCGACCAAGAGGAAGCACCGCCUAUGGACGAUUUGGCACCACCGUACCUCUCGCAGCACAGGGUCGUACCGGAGAAGUGGAGUUACAUCGAGCAAAGCGCUAUUAAAUCGGUUUGCUUCUCCAUGCAACCGACGUAUCAGAAUCUGAACAAGAAGACGAACGGAUUGUAUAAUACGGUGGGCAGGCAUUCCAAGCCGCCGUUUAUUAGUGGGUAUAGUUUGGAUAGUAAUAUGAACAGUUCGAUGUCGAACGGUAACUACCACCAUGCAAGUUUCGAUAUCAAUUCGUAUGGGUAUAGAAAUUCGGAUCCUGAAGCUGGUAUUGCUGAAUCGAGGAAUGAUGAGGUAUUGAGGCGAGUCCACGAAAUGCACCAACUAGUUGAAAACUCAGAAAGGUACCUUACCGAACAAGAAAAUCUCGAACGACUCCAACAGCUUUCUGAAUGGCAAGAAACCAGCGUAGACUUGGAAAGUGAUACCGACGAACCAGGCAAACUAAAACACAGCGACUCUCUGCUUCUUCUAAAUAAACUCCAUUGUCUUGAAAGAAAACCCUCAUUUUCACACGCCACUGUCGAUUUGCUGAGGCAGGAAACGCUACAAUCUGAAAGCGAUAACGACUCCUUGUAUACGCCUCACAACUCUCCUAAGCAGAAGAAACCUGAUAAAGAUAACAGAAUCAGUUUUGGGUUGAGGUCUCCAGACAGUAGUCAUAAGGAAGACGAUUUGGAGAUGUACUUCCAGAAGAUGAGGGAGCAGAGGAAUAAUGAGACGAAUGAGUUGGAUUCCAUUAAUGAUAUUUACGUGUUUGAUCCGGAUAUUAUUGAUUUGACUAUGAUUCCUCCACCCGUUACUCCGGAUGAAUUGGAUGCUGCUGUAUCGACUCCUAUAAAUUUACCACCAAAAUCUUUUGCCGAUUCAACAGAUAAUUUAAAUAAAUUAGAUAUAUUAAAUGAAAACGAAGAAUUAGAGAAGUUUUUGGCCAGCGUUACAGUACCACCACCAACUCAGAAAGUGACACCAGCGAUCGAACUGACACCCGAGGAGAUUAUGGCAUACAUUAUACCGCCUCCUCCAAAUAAACUCAGUUUGGAAAACUUGACAGAACUGGAUGAGAAACCUAGCGAAAAUGGCGGUGGUACUGUUUUCAAAGAUACGUCACCGAAAAGUCCAGAACCAUUGCAAGUGAUCGACUACGAGACCCUGGAUAGGAAGGGUAGUUUGAGUUGUUGUUCGAAAAGUAAAUCUGAAAAAAAGGUUGAAAAGUAUGGGAAAAACGACGACUAUAAAUCGAACGGUACCAUUCAGCCUUUGCCGAGGAGGAGUUUGGAUGAAAAACCACCUGAAAGGCCUCCGAAAGACAUUUUGAAGGAACGACAACGGUCGAACUCCUUAACCUCCGCCUCGCCCACGCCCUCAGACAGCCCGGACACUACAGCCCCCAAACUACCACCCCGCGGCAGCAACAUCAACCACCAAACCUCUCCUCACUUGCUCCUGCCUCCCACCAAACCUCCCCUUCCUCCCGUGCCGCCCCUGGACACCCUGCGCCAGAAGAAAGCCAUGCUGAUGCAGGCCAAACAGCAACAGCAGCCCGAGCAGAAGACGGCCAGCAUCGGCAGCCCUCACCUGCAAAGGAACAAGCGCUCGAUCAAGGAGAUCAAGGAACAGUUGGGCAUCUACGAGCCGAGAACGGUGAAGCACGCGAGCAGCGCCGUCACCACGCCCACCUCGCCGCACAUAGGAAAAAACACUAAACUAACCACAGUAGCAGUCCAUAUACAUUCCCCCAGCAGUCCCGACUCGAUCAAAGUCGAAGAAAAAUUUGCGGGAGUGCUUGUAACCAAGCCAAACCAACAAGAGGUGAUGUAUUCGUCGCCAACCUCUUUCCAAAUCAAAAAUGGCUGUAGUUCGAACAGGGAAAACCUGCUGGUUAAGACUGAUAUUGCGAUGGCAGGACUGCUGGUGCGACUAGACCAAGUGGCGGCACAAUGUACCGUGGCCCAAGUACGUGGCGGGGGAAAGUUCAUAUCCGAAGAUAAAUUCCAGAUGACCAAAGAAGAACUCACCUCCCAAUGUCUCCAGCUCGUGACCUCGAGCAAAAUGCUCGUGAUAGCGAUGUCCGACCCGUCGCUGCCCGACCUUCCCGAGAACCUAGCCGUUUGCCUUACUAUUUUGAGGAGGUUGUCGGAACUGAGCCAGGACCUGGUGAACCACACCACGGCGCCGCUCCAGACCAGGAACCUCGUUCUGAAGAUACGCGACGUCACUGCCGCCUUCCGCCACCUGAUCACUUCGCACGUGGACAGGAGCUCGCAGAGGAGCGUCGAGGAGCACUUGGCCGCCCAGGCGGAAUCCUUGGCCAACGUGCUGUCGACGCUGUUGAGGAGCUUGAGGGUGUUUUCACCUUAGUGGGUUCGACCGGUGGCAUUGUGGGAACAAAUAUUAGCUUGAUCUUUCUUAAAAUAAUUGGAAGAAUGAAAGCGAACUCUGAGGAAGCGAAAAAAGCAAACCGGACUUCGUGUAUUAAGCUGGAACAAAAGACUUGCAUUAUCAAAACCAAUAUUAAGUUUUUCUUCGACACAAAAAAAUCAAGCAUACAAUUCCACUUAAUAAAAAAGAAGCAAUUUUUACAGUCGAUUUUGUAUUUUAACACUCUUAAAUUAAAAAAAAAUGCGACAAUAUAUACGGAAAUUGGUAAGGAAUAGGACUAAGAAAUGUUACUGGUGUAUACUCAAAGGAAGAACCUUUUCAAUGUAAUAAUUAUUACUUAUAAAAUAUUAUUACGUAUAAUUAGUGUAGAUGUAUUACAAAAUGGGAAAUUUCGAGUAUUUCGAAACUUCCAAUAUACGUAAUCAAUAUCGUUGGCUUUAAAAAAAAUACGUUUGUUAAUAUGUUUUUGUUAUUAAUUACUUGUAUAUUAAGAAUAUUGUAUAUUUUUUAUUAGGUAAUGUACUAAUCAAUUAAACUUUGGUACCUUAUUUUCUAGUCGUUUAGAUAUACGGAGUGAUGUUAUUCUUGCAAAUAUUUUUACUAAUUUAUAUAUCAUAUUUACGGUGAAUAUUGAGAUAUCUAUAUAAACAACUCAUAAUUAAGUUAUAUUAUGCAGCAAAUGUUUUGAAUGAAAUUUUAGGUGUCUAUGUUUUGCUAAGUGCUUUAACAUUUGAUUUUCACAAAAAUCAAGAAAAAGUACAGAAAGAGUGAUAACUACCCCCACCCCUACAUAAAUUUUAGGAUAAAUAUUUUCCAACUCGAGCGACGCGACGACCGAUUUUUUUUUUCGUAAAAUGGCCCUUCUAUUAUUUACUACAUUUUUUCUCUUGCUAAACUACUUUUGAGGAAAAACAUUAUUUUUCCGAAGCUGAUUUCCAAAAAAUGUUUAUUUUUGUGAUGUCAAGUUAUGGAGGCGCAUAAAAUCUACUAUUGUCUAAUAAUCAAGUUGGCGAAAAUAUGCAAUUUUAUGUUAGUAUCACAAAUUAUAUUUGACAAUAAGCUUUAUGAAAAGCUUAAAAAAAACUAAUAAAUUUUAAAUUAAUUAACGUUCGGGUUUAGUUUUUAUUGAUGUCCUCUAACGGACAAACUAAGCACUUUUGUAUAAAGAGAAAUUAGGAGCAGUUAAUUUAUUUUGAUUCAAAAAAUAUGGAGUUCUUCUAUGUCUACGGAAUAUUGAAACUCCCUGUAUACUUUGUAGGUCUACUUUGGAAAAAUAAACUCUCCAAAAAUUUUUUUCUCAAAAAUUAUGCGAUUUUCUCAAAAAUUAUACGUUUUUAUACAAGAGACAAAAAGUACAGUAAAUACUAGAAGGGCCAUUUUACGAAAAGAAAAUCUGUCGUCGGUGGAGUUAAAGUAAAAAGAUUUCCCUAGAUAUUUUUAUUUUCUUUUAUUUUUUUUUAUUUUUAUAAAAAAUAACAGUAUAUUUACAAAUCUGUUUUAUUGUUUAAAAUAAGUAUUUUUAAUUCAUAUUCUCGUCCAUAAUAUUAUUAUUAUUACAAUCAAUAUUCUGUUAAAACAUAGAAAAUUUGUUAGUUGAAAUAUUUGCAUGGAUUAAAAACUCACUCUCAUUCAGUUAAAGAGGUAUAGAAAAGUUUAGAAAAUAUGUUGCAUAUUUCUAGCUACAGCGAAAAUAUACCGCGCCAUAUAAGUUUUUUGAUCAAUUCUGAUGCAUUUAACCAGAAAAAUUGCUUAUCUUUUACCAUACAAAGUUUAAAAAGUAAAGUAUUUUAAGUUAACAUCUCCUUCUAAGGAUUUUCUGGACGGGGCCUACUUUGCUUACGCGGAAUAAGAACCCCGGUCCUCGGCCAUAUCAUUAUCAAUGGCCUACCCAUUUGGCGACCCAUACAGCACAUCAAAUCACAUUUACGAUGUGUUUACAUUAUCAGAUGUAAGACACAGGGUGGCACAAUUCCCCCGAUGUAAAUAUGCUACGUUUACACAUUGUAGUUCAAUACGUAUGCACAAAGGUUAAACGUCCGCCUCACAAUGUAGCCACAGUAUAGCA